GAUCAGCGUGGUAGGCACUUUGUCCAUAGAGGAAGAAGCUGUGUGUAUACAGGCGAGCGGAGCGCGGACAAUCGCUGAUAUUGAUCAGUUUUUGAUUAUUCUUUCUUUUAAAUAGUCUGUAAUCUUAUAAAAAGGGCAGAAUGUCCGGAUUUGACGAUCCCGGGGUUUAUUACAGUGACAGUUUCGGAGGAGGAGGAGAAGGAGUGGGGGAUGAAGGCUCUGUGAAGCGCAGUCAGAUUAAAAAGCGCUUUCGGGAGUUCCUGAGGCAGUUCAGAGUCGGCACGGACCGCACUGGAUUUACCUACAAAUACAGAGAUGAGCUCAAGAGGCACUACACUCUUGGAGAGUACUGGGUGGAGGUGGAGAUGGAGGACCUGGCCAGUUUUGAUGAGGACCUGUCAGACUGUCUGUAUAAGCUGCCCACAGAGAACCUUCCUCUGCUGGAAGAGGCAGCCCAAGAAGUAGCUGAUGAGGUCACUCGCCCACGGCCUGUAGGAGAAGAGACCGUGCAGGACAUCCAGGUCAUGCUGAAGAGUGAUGCCCAUCCUGCGUCCAUACGGAGUCUGAAGUCAGAGCAAGUGUCUCGUUUGGUGAAGAUCCCUGGUAUCAUCAUCUCCUCCUCAGCAGUUCGAGCCAAAGCCACCAGAGUGUGUCUGCAGUGCCGAGGCUGUCGUGCGGUCAUCAGUAACAUCCCUCUGCCCCCUGGACUACAGGGCUAUGCUCUGCCCCGCAAGUGCAACACGGAGCAGGCGGGCCGUGUGAAGUGUCCUGUGGACCCCUACUUCAUCAUCCCAGACCGCUGUGUUUGCGUGGACUUCCAGACCCUCCGUCUGCAGGAGUCUCCUGAUGCUGUGCCUCAUGGAGAAAUGCCCCGCCACAUGCAGCUCUACUGCGACAGGUACCUGUGUGACCGUGUUGUGCCCGGGAACAGAGUGACCAUCAUGGGCAUCUACUCCAUAAAGAAAAUGGCCACGUCCAAGACCAAAGGACGCGAUAAAGGAGCUGGCGUGGGCAUCCGCUCUGCUUACCUUCGAGUAGUUGGUAUUCAGGUGGACACAGAGGGAGCAGGCAGAGGAGCCACUGGUUCAGUGUCUCCUCUGGAGGAGGAGGAGCUGAGAGCUUUGGCUGCCUCCCCUGCAGUCUAUGACUCCAUCGCUCGCUCUCUUGCUCCCUCCAUCUAUGGCAGUGAUGACUUGAAGAAAGCCAUUGCGUGUCUUUUGUUCGGUGGCUCCAGAAAGAGGUUGCCAGAUGGUUUGACGCGCAGAGGAGAUAUCAAUCUGCUGAUGCUGGGAGAUCCAGGAACAGCCAAGUCUCAGCUGCUGAAGUUUGUGGAGAGGUGCUCUCCUAUUGGGGUGUAUACCUCGGGUAAGGGCAGCAGUGCUGCUGGUCUCACAGCCUCUGUGCUCAGAGACCCCAACACACGAGGCUUCAUCAUGGAAGGCGGGGCCAUGGUGCUGGCUGAUGGGGGAGUGGUCUGCAUUGACGAGUUUGACAAGAUGAGGGAAGACGACAGAGUAGCCAUCCAUGAAGCUAUGGAGCAGCAGACCAUCUCUAUCGCCAAGGCUGGCAUCACCACCACCUUAAACUCUCGCUGUUCUGUGCUGGCCGCUGCCAACUCGGUGUUCGGCCGCUGGGACGAUACGAAGGGAGAAGAUAACAUCGACUUCAUGCCCACCAUCUUGUCCCGUUUCGACAUGAUCUUCAUUAUCAAGGACCAGCACGACCAUCAGAGGGACAUGACGCUGGCUCGCCACGUGAUGAACGUGCAUCUGAGCGCCCAAACCCAGACUGAGGGUGUGGAGGGAGAGAUUCCUCUGGCCACACUGAAGAAAUACAUUGCUUAUGCCAGAGUGAAAUGCGGUCCUCGUCUGUCUGCGGCUGCAGCAGAGAAACUGAAGAACCGCUAUGUGGUGAUGCGGAGCGGUGCAAGAGAGCACGAGAGGGAGAGCGACCGCAGAGCCUCCAUCCCAAUCACAGUCAGGCAGCUGGAGGCAGUGGUGAGAAUCGCAGAGUCUCUUGCUAAGAUGAAGCUGCAGGCUAUAGCUGGAGAGGAGGAGGUCGACGAGGCUCUUCGGCUCUUCCAGGUGUCCACUCUGGAUGCUGCGCUGUCCGGCAGCCUCUCGGGUGUGGAAGGUUUCACCACUCAGGAGGAUCAAGAGAUGAUCUCUCGCAUCGAGAAGCAGCUGAAGAGGCGUUUCGCCAUUGGCUCUCAAGUGUCAGAACACAGCAUCGUACAGGACUUCACCAAACAGAAAUAUCCGGAGCACGCCAUCCAUAAGGUUCUUCAUCUGAUGCUGAGGAGAGGAGAGCUGCAGCACCGCAUGCAGAGGAAGGUGCUCUACAGGAUCAAGUAGAUGGCUGGGUGGUUGAAUGAAUAUAUGUUUGUGUUUGUUUGUGUCCGUCAUCAGAAGUGGACUGCUCAGAUAAGUGUUGGAAAAAUGCAUUUAGUGCAGUUAGAAAGUCUGUUUCUUUGAAGAAACCAUCUUACAAAUGUUUGUAAAUAGUUCAGACAGGAUCAGUUAUGCUUACCCUCAUUUUAAUAUCAAUCUGUUAUCAGUUAAUAUCAUCAGAUAAAGAUAACUGUGUGCCUAUGAAAAUUGCUACAGAUUAAUUCCAGCUGGGAUUAAAUACCACAUAUUUAGCUGAAAAUUAAAGACUAGCUUGUUGCUGUUAUUUGAAAUGUACAUUUAUAAUAAAUGAUGAAAAUAAUGAUUGUGUUGAGCUGAUGGCUAAAAUGUGGAUGUGAAAAGUGGACUGUUUGUCUUGAGAUGUUUUUGUAUGAAACAUAAGAAAAUAAUAAAGCAUUGUGCAAAUGUAAAACUGC